AUGCUACGAAGUCUUCUGGAUUCGGCAUCUGCAUCUCUUGUGGAUGAAGUAUGGUCUUGGGAAGCCAUCAAUCAGGGAGACUUGGCUCUUGUGAAUGCAGAGAGUUUAAACGAAAUUUUUGACUGGCAUGAUGAUGCCCGUGACAUUGUGAACUUUCUUUUAAACUACCUCCCUGAGGAGACCACCCCUGCAUCGCUGCCUACUUGCCUUGCUCAUGUUCCAGAAGCUGUGUUUGCGUUGCUAAGUUUGAUGAUUGCUCAUUUCUUCUUGUGCAGAGCCUUGGCAGCUUUGAAUUUCCCCAAGUUGUUUUCGUCCCUCAUACUAGUGGACCCCAUCAUUACAGCUGAAAAGACUAAGCUUGUUGACGAAGCUGUCAGGUUCGCUGUUAAUGCUUUUACCAUGCAAAUGUUUUGGUCAUCUCGUGGAGAAGCCCUAUCUCAAUUCAAGGAAUCACCGUUCUUCACAUCCUGGCACCCAGACGUCCUGAAGACAUAUGUUGACCAUGGGUUGGCUGUAGAUACAGCGGGCAGCAUCAGAUCGAAAACGACCAGCGUCCAGGAGAGCCUGACCUUUGUCAAUGUGCCUGUCUUUAUCGAAGUCUGGGAGUUGUUAGAGAAACUGGAUGAGAAUAUCACUCUUCGAUGGGUAGUACCGUCACCUGGUUUCCUUGGAGAAGAAGAUACCAAAGCGAGGGUUUGGCGUCGACCAGCCAAUACAUCUAACAUGGUUUUCUCCUUCGCUGGACACCUUAUCGUACAAGAAGCACCAAUUGAACUCGCUCAGGAUAUCGCCACAUUCUUGUCGACGAAUUAUGGGUCUCCUCAAUUCAAAGCAGCUUUAUGAAUUCGAUAUGUCCGCUGACCCACCGAUCCUGGUUAGUAUACGGCACGACGGGAAUGGUUUUCCAAAGGCCAAUGUUGGAAUUUUCUAGUUAGUUGAGCGUGUAUAUAUGUUGCGAUGACCUGUGAUGUCUAGAAUUCCUUUAGAAUUUGGAACCUGGUUUGACAUCAUGGAAGGUAGUUGUGUAUUAAGUGUGAGUGCGACUGUAGACUCAGACUCGAACGUUGCGGUGACCCACGGUGGUGCCUGGACUAAUUAUGAAACUCAACUGGUCUGUUAUGCUCCUUUCCGCCGACGAACCGUGGAGAGAUAAUUCACCUCACAGUUGCUCACUGCAUUAUUUUACUUUGUUAGUUAUGCAACGCAACAAGGGAAGGCAGCUUAAGGAAG